AUGGGAAAACUCUGCGUGGUUCUCGGGAUCCUCGUGCUCUGCGCUGCUGGUGGCUGGGGGGGUAACAUCUGCACCACCCGUGGGGUGAGCUCCUGCAAACAGUGCCUGGCUGUGAGCCCCCUCUGCGCCUGGUGCUCUGCAGAGGUCUUGGAGCAAUCUUUCCCCCGGUGCGACCUGUAUAUCAACCUCCUGCAAAACGGCUGUGAACAGGACCACAUCGAGUUCCCCACCAGCACCGUAACCGUCCUGGAGGACCGAACCCUCAGCGACAAGGGCUCAGGGAGCUCCACCACCACCCAGAUGAGCCCCCAGAAAAUACAGCUGAACCUGCGGCCGGACGACUCCCAGAUCUUUCGUGUCCAAGUGCGUCAAGUGGAAGACUACCCUGUGGACAUCUACUACCUGAUGGACCUCUCCAACUCCAUGAAGGAUGACCUGCGGAACAUCCAGAACCUGGGCACCAAGCUGGCCAGUGAGAUGCGGAAGCUCACCAGCAACCUACGCAUCGGCUUUGGGGCCUUUGUGGACAAGCCCAUUUCCCCCUAUAUGUAUAUCUCUCCUCCGGAAGCCAUCACAAACCCUUGCUAUGAGAUUGGGGAAACCUGUCUGCCCAUGUUUGGCUACAAACAUGUCCUGUCGCUCACGGACGAGGUGACCCGCUUCAACGAGGAGGUGCGGAAGCAGAGUGUCUCACGGAACCGUGACGCACCCGAGGGCGGCUUUGAUGCCAUCAUCCAGGCCACCGUGUGCGAUGAGAAAAUCGGCUGGAGAAACGACGCUUCCCACCUGCUCGUCUUCACCACGGAUGCCAAGACCCACAUCGCGCUGGACGGCAGGCUGGCUGGCAUCGUGCAGCCCAACGAUGCCCAGUGCCAUAUUGACAAGGACAAUUUCUACUCUGCCUCCACCACACUGGACUAUCCCUCUCUGGGCCUGAUGACUGAGAAACUCUCGCAGAAGAACAUCAAUUUGAUCUUUGCUGUGACAGAUACGGUUGUUGGCCUCUACCAGAACUACAGUGAGCUGAUCCCAGGCACAACCGUGGGCACCUUGUCCAGAGACUCCAGCAAUGUCCUGCAGCUCAUAGUGGACUCCUACGGGAAAAUCCGCUCCAAGGUGGAGCUGGAGGUGCGUGACCUGCCUGAAGAGCUGUCCCUGGCCUUCAAUGCCACCUGCCUCAAUGAUGAGGUCAUUCCCGGGCUCAAGUCUUGCAUGGGGCUCAAGAUCGGGGACACGGUGAGCUUCAGCAUCGAGGCCAAGGUGCGGGGGUGCCCACGGGAGCAGCAGAAAUCCUUCACCAUCAAACCCGUGGGCUUCAAGGACAGCCUGACGGUGGUGGUGAACUUCAACUGCGACUGCUCCUGCGAGAGUCAAGCCGAGUCCAACAGCUCGUCCUGCAGCCGGGGCACGCUGGAGUGCGGCGUGUGCCGCUGCAACCCCGGGCGCCUGGGCUCGCACUGCGAGUGCUCGGAGGAGGAGUACAACCCCUCGCAGCAGGACAGCUGCAGCCCCCGGCCAGGCCAGCCCCUCUGCAGCCAGCGCGGCGAGUGCAUCUGCGGGCAGUGCGUGUGCCACAGCAGCGACUUCGGGAAGGUGACGGGCAAGUACUGCGAGUGCGACGACUUCUCCUGCGUCCGCUUCAAGGGCCAGAUGUGCUCAGGCCACGGGCAGUGCAGCUGCGGGGACUGUCUGUGUGACUCGGACUGGACUGGUGACUACUGCAACUGCACCACCCGCACCGACACGUGCAUGUCCAGCAACGGGCUGGUCUGCAGCGGCCACGGCUGCUGCCUCUGCGGCAAGUGCGACUGCACCCAGCCCGGCUCCUACGGCGACACCUGCGAGAAGUGUCCCACGUGCCCAGAUGCCUGCACCAUCAAAAAGGAGUGCGUGGAGUGCAAGAAGUUUGAGCGGGGAGCGCUGGUGGAGCAGCAGUCCUGCAGCCGCAUGUGCCGCGACGAGAUCGAGACCGUGCAGGAACUGGGUGACAGGGGCAAGGACGCUGUGAACUGCACCUACAAGGACGAGGACGACUGCGUGGUGCGGUUCCAGUACUACGAGGACUCCAGCGGCAAGUCCAUCCUCUACGUUAUCGAGGAGCCAGACUGCCCAAAGGGGCCGGACGUCCUGGUGGUCCUGCUCUCGGUCACAGGUGCCAUCCUGCUCAUCGGCCUCGCUGCCCUCCUCAUCUGGAAGCUCCUCAUCACCAUCCACGACCGCCGGGAGUUUGCCCGUUUUGAGGAGGAGAAGGCCAGGGCCAAAUGGGACAUGGGCCACAACCCUUUAUACAAAGAGGCGACGUCUACCUUCACCAACAUCACGUACCGCGGGAACAUGUAA